GGCACCGCCCUUUCCGCCUUUGGCCUUCCCGCCUUCCCGCCUCCACGCCCUAGGCGCUAGGUUUUGGCUGCCGGGACUCAAUUAGCCGAGGCGAACCGGGCCCCUUGUGCUGGAGAUAGCCUUUUUCUGUUCACCUCAGUCCUACCGGCUCCCUGCCCUCCGCCAUUAUGAACAUCCGCAAUGCUCGGCCAGACGACCUGAUGAACAUGCAACACUGCAACCUCCUCUGCCUUCCCGAGAACUACCAGAUGAAAUACUAUUUCUACCAUGGCCUUUCCUGGCCUCAGCUCUCCUACAUCGCUGAGGACGAGGACGGGAAGAUUGUGGGCUAUGUCCUGGCCAAAAUGGAAGAGGACCCUGAUGAUGUCCCCCAUGGGCAUAUCACCUCACUGGCUGUGAAGCGCUCACACCGGCGCCUCGGCCUGGCUCAGAAGCUGAUGGACCAGGCCUCGCGGGCCAUGAUAGAGAACUUUAGUGCCAAGUAUGUGUCCCUGCACGUCAGGAAGAGUAACCGGGCGGCCUUGCACCUCUAUUCUAACACUCUCAACUUUCAGGUCAGUGAGGUGGAACCCAAAUACUAUGCAGAUGGGGAAGAUGCUUAUGCUAUGAAGCGGGAUCUCUCACAAAUGGCAGAUGAGCUAAGAAGGCAGCCGGAGCUGAAGGAGAAGGGCGGGUAUGUGGUGCUGGGCUCCAGGGAGAACCAGGAGAGCCAGAGCAGCACACUUCCUGGUUCUAAAACGACCUGUCAGCAGGAGAACCCGGCUGUCCCUGAUAGUGGGAGUGACAGCAAGGAACCUAGCGAAUCCACGGGGAGCACCGAUGUCCAGGACAGCUCAGAAGACUUGGAUUCCGCCUCCUAGAGCCUGCUUGAGCGUUGCAGGUCCACACGUCUCAGCCACAUCUACCCUCUGAAUGCUGGCUUAACCUGUCUGCUGUGCAGCAUCUGCUCUGACAUCAUCUCACAGUGAUCUGAAAGACUUCUGAUUUUCAACUCUCAACAACUUUCCAUAUAUCCUACUGAGAUCAUAAAGGAAGACCUGGAUGCAUGAUCGACUGUGCAAGACCCAAGGAAGCUUGAGCCUGCCAUUACAGAACCUUCCUUGGCUGACCCAUUCCAUGCUGCCAUUUUCUUUUGUUUGUAGUUGUCCUAUGUUGGGUGUGGUUAUCCUGCAAGGUUGUUUCUUGGAAUGCUAAACAGGAAGGAGAGCAAAUUCUUGAAACUUC